UCUUCAGAAGUGCACACACUCCACGUCCAUGGCUCACGUUCAGCACCGUAAUUGUAUUUGUAGAUUAUUAUUAUAAUACAUAAAAAAUAUUCUUAGGUAAGGUACAGAUGAUCUAAAUGGUGGUGGUGAUGGUGGUGCAUGUUUGUCGUUUCCUUGUGGCAAUUUCAUCCGAUGGACUACCGAUGUGAAUGUAAACAAUAAGUUAUUUCGGAAGAUAAGUACUGUGAGAGAUAUGUUGUUUAAAAUACAGUGAAACAAAAAUUAACACACAAUCAUCCACAAAAAUGGCACGACAUCGGGACGUGCGUUCCAUGAACUAUACAGAUGAAUACGAUGAAUAUGAUGAUGUCUACGGGCGUUCCGCGGAGGACGACUACUGCAUUUCUCCGAGUGUGGAACAAUUCAUGUUUGAUAGAAGCAAACAAGCAAAUAUUUCUUCAUACUUCACGGAGCCGGACAUUGAAGAAGAUAAUGAAGAAGCUGAGGAAGAAUCUGCCAUCAGUGGCAAAUCCUCAGAACUUUCGGAGCUUGAUAAAGCCAAGCUGUUAUCAUGUGUCGAAGCUGUAAAAAAUAUUAUUGGAGAUACAUGUUCAGACGCAGAAUUGAAUAAAAAAAUUGUCCAGUUCAACUACAACACAGAAGCUGUUAUCAACUCGAUUUUAAGUGAACAAACUGAUGGAAGCAGAAAAGAGAAGCAGAAAGGAGGCAAAAUAUUGGCUCAAGCUCAAUCAGAUUCUCACCUUAAAAAUCCAUUGAGUAGCAUAAGUAGUAAUUUUAGCUCAAUGAACUUUAAAAACUGCUAUGAUACGAGUGAUAAUACUCAAGAGUCCUCAUCGACUUCUGCUAUAAUUUCUGAGACUCCAAAGUCAGUUAAAGAUAGCUCUAGUUCGAAUCCUUCCUUAAGUUGUCUUGCUGGCUUGAGUGCCCAUCAUUUAAAUAUGCCUGAAAAAAAAUCAAACAUUCCCUCCGGUUUUACAAUCCCCAAAAUGAGUUUUGGAAAUCCCAAGCCAUCAAAUCCCAUUGAAUUACCUUCAUUCGAUUCGUUAUCUGACUUGACAGCUCAUCAUUUAAAAAUAUCUAAUGAGAAAGCUGAAAGUAAAGGAAGUUUUAGUUCACCUUCUGCGUAUAUAAUUCCAAAAAUCAAUAUAAAAAAUGAAAAGCAGUCCUUUAGCUCCCUUGCUGACUUGACUGCUCAGCAUUUAAAAAUUGCAAGCCAAAAAGAUUUGAAAACGAAUUUACCUUCUCAAUUUGACACUAUUAAGGGCAUCAAGCUUGAAAAGCCAGACACACCGUCCGUUAGUUCUAUUUCUGAUUUGAAUAUUAACUGUUCAGAGAAACAAGAAAAUUCAGAAACCAACUCUCCUUGCAUAGCUCCAAAAUCGAUUAUUCAAAUAAAAAAAGAAAAAUUAUUAGAAUCUGAAAUUUCAAAAAACGAGCCUCAAGUUAUAUCCAUUGAUUUUGCAAAUUUGAAAAUUAAAGAAGAAAAAUUAGAUGCAGGAGACUUGAACAUGGAAACGUUAGUUUCUGAAUUCGAUAGUAGCAUAAUUAUAAAACAAGAAAAACUCGAUGCUGAUACUAGCAUAAUCAUAAAUCAAGCAGUAUUCGACACCAACAAUAGCAUAAUCGUAAAGCAAGAAAAACUUGAUACCGAAAGCUGUCAUAAUAAAAAAAUGCAUAAUAAUCUCUUAGAAUGUCUUCUAGAUACUUUGAAAAAAGAAAACACUAAUAUUAGAGGUAGCAAAAAUGCCACUUUAAAAAAAACGGUCUCAUCCUUUGGUAAAAUUCUUUGUAAAAAGUACAAAAGGAAAAGACCGUAUCAAAGAAAUGCGGCUCCAAAAUCAGAGGAAUCGAAGAAAAACUCAGAAAAUCGACUGACGCGGUUUGAUUUCUCGAGUCCGUCCCCCGAUGCUUACAUUCAGGCGCGAUUAAGGGCGAGGAUGAAUUUAAUAUAAACGUGUCGUCGUUCAUCAAGUCGUUUUGCCAAUUACAUUAUUACAAAAAUUUCUGUGUCCUAUCUAACACUAUUUUUGUAAGGUUUCUUUAAAUUCUUGAAGAAUUAGUGCAUGAAAUAUUCGAUUGUUUUAGUACUUUAGAAAUUGUAUUUUGUUACACACAAGAAAUGUUAAUUUUAAUCAAUACUAUGCGAAAAAUUGAGAUUUUGUGGGCGUUGAUAACAAAUUACUCGCCGAACUUAUCUAAACUGUAAAUGAUUGUACAAUAGAUGAAUUUUCAUCAAAAUAUACCAAGUAUUUUCGUAUUAAA